GACGACAGCAGCCAUGUUGUUGGCCGAAGCUGGGUGUUUGUUUGCGGGUUUCAUCCUCUAUGUAUCAGGGGAUCGGGGGCGAGCAGAUAGGAUCUGUGCUUUAAAGGGUUCAUCGGUGGAUCUGCCCUGCUCAGCUGAAUAUCUCACUUCAAACAUGAGCUGGUACACUGUCCACUGGAACAUCUCCAGGUUUGUUCGGAAUGACCUCUUUGGAGAUGGAAAUCGAACAACGUACAACAUAUCUGGGGAGAGUAACUUCACUUUGACAAUCAAUGAUCUGAGAGAGAGCGAUGCCGGUUAUUACUGCUGUGGAACCACAAGUGACAACGCAGGACACUGCUGGAUCUAUAGAACUGAGCUCUACGUCACAGACCUGCAGGUGAAGGUGAUUCCCACCACAGAGGGACAGAAAGUAACACUGAUGUGUAGCACCAGCUGCCCUCUGACUGAAAACCCUGCAGCCUACAUCUGGUACAAGAACAGAGAGUUUCUCUAUCAGGACUGGUCUCCCUGGUACCAACAUAUGGUCAGCAGUGAGGAAGCAGUCAGGUACUCCUGUGCUAUCAAAGGCUACGAGGAUCUCAGAGCCCCGGAAGUCUCAGUGGAUUCAGUCACAUCAACCUGCUUUCAUGUGACCUAUGCUAAAGGGGGAAUGUGUUCUUACAAUCAUGCAUCAGAGGAUGAGCCCUGCUCCAUUGCAUUUCCAACAGAAGUACAUGUUCAAAAAACUCCUUUGGAAGACAACUAUUUCAGACUGACCUGUACCCCCAGCUGUCCUCUGACUCACCCUAAAACUGCCUAUAGGUGGUACUGGGAUUCACGCCUUUACAAAAACUCUGACAGUCAACACUUAACAGUUCCCAGUAGGCCUGGUGAAUACUCCUGUAGUAUGAAAGGCCAUGAGGAUCUGCACACUGCUAGUGUCUGUAGCAUUGAUAAGGGAUGCAAAAUUGUGAACUACUUCAUCAGAAGAAUCUGUGCUGUGGAGGGCUCAUCUGUGAACAUUUCCAGUGAAUACUCGUAUCCCGUCGGCUGGCAGCCAUACUCUAAAACUUGGUAUAAAAUGAAGAGAAGUGGUGAGAAUGUCGCUGAAAACCUGACAGGGGCUGCAGGUCAUCUGGAGUAUCAUGAAAACAUGAAUGGCAGCCACAUCUUGAGAAUUAAAAAGCUAAAGAAGGAGGAUUCAGCAGAAUAUAUGCUUAGACUCCCGACAAAAUCCAGAGCAGAGAAAGAGUCUUUUGAUUCUCCUGGAGUGACUCUGGUUGUCACAGGCCUGAAAGUGACAAUGACUCCGUCUGCAGUGGUGACAGAGGGUCAGAGAGUCACACUGACCUGCAGCACCAGCUGCCCUCUGGCUGACAACUACAUUUGGUUCUUGAACAGUCAACCUCUGACCCUGCCAGAGACACAAAACAAGUGUCUGGUUCUGGAUCCGGUCGGCAGUCAGCAUGCAGGAAACUACUCCUGUGCUGUCAAAUCUCAAGAAGGCUUCAGCAGUCCUGAAGUGACUCUCACUGUGCAAGCUCAAGGAAACUCAAUGGCAAUAAUUAAUGUAGUAAGACUGGUAGUCGCAUUACUAAUCCCGAUUCCUCUGCUUCUCUUCCACCUGUGGAUGAGAUGGACUCGCUCUAAGUCAUGGUCAUGAAUCCUGAACCAGGAACAGCAGGAAGACACU